CUCUUCUGAGUUGUGGACAAUAUUAGUAUAGUGAUUAUAGACUUGUCAAUCAUUUUUCCAAGUUGUUAAAUUAAUAUUUUCUAGUUGGAAUGACUCAAUUUCUACAUAACAACCUCCCUCAGUUGCUUCUACAUAAUUUCAUUGCACGAGGCCUAUGGUAUUCCGUCCUUUAAAUACAAAGGGUGAGGACCUCUACCAACCCAGAAGUUAAGGAGCACUUGAACCUAUUAGAAGAACCAAAACAGAAAGAAAGGGAAGAAACAAUGGCUUGUUGGUCUGCAGAGAAUGCUACUCAAGCUUAUAUCAGAACCUUGAAAAUGGGAAAGAGAGGCAAGGAACCAGAUGUAGCUGAGUUUGUAUCUGCACUUGCGGCAGGUAACUGUGCACAACUCAUGGUGGAGGUUUGUGCAGGAACUGCCGGCACAACCACAUUGGCUCUUGUUGCAGCUGCCCAUCAGACUGGUGGCCGUGUUGUGUGUAUCGUUCGUGGGCUAGAUGAGCUUCAUGCAUCUGAAGAUGCUUUAGGCUUCAAUGCUGAUUAUGUUGAGUUUGUUAUUGGUGAUGCUAAGAGACUUCUAAUAAACUGCUAUAAAGGAGCAGAUUUCACUCUCAUUGAUUGUAACUUGGAGGAUCAUGAAGGUGUGUUUCAAGUAGUACAAGCAGGUGUGAAGCAUGGAGAAGCUGUUGUGGUGGGUUAUAAUGCAUUAGGCAAAGGAUCAUGGUCGCCAAGAAGUGGGUCAAAGACCCAGUUGCUGCCUAUUGGAGGGGGGUUGCUAGUGGCUCGGAUACCUGCAAUGGUUAAGGUUGGAGGCAACAGUACUGCUGCUGCUGCUGCUGGUGGUGGUGGUGGUGGUGGUGGUGUCAAUGGUGCCAAAAGGAGUAGAUGGGUUGUUAGAGUAGACAAAUUAACAGGUGAAGAGCAUGUUUAUAGGAUCACAUCUCCUUAAGAGGAGAGAGGUUGAGGUCUAGUCUAAUCUUUGCUCCUUCUAUGUGCUCUGUUUGAGCAGAGUCUAAUAAACUGUAAAUAGCCAUAGAAAUGUA